AACCUAUCUCAAACUUUUUAGAAGAGAAAACUAUAUUAGCUUUUUCGUUUUCAACUCAAAAAAGUAACAAUACUCAAGCUAGUAUAUCAAAAGGAACAGAGAAUAAAACUCUAACUACUGAAGAUACAAACAUGACAGAUGAUACUACUUUUAAUAUAGAAAUA